GGCUAACAGUAAUUUCAUCAUGGCGGAAGGAAAAGUGGACCACGUUGUGGUGGAUUCGGGUGCUUUUAUAAGAAAUGCGCCCAUUCGGGACAUUGCAGAGAAUGUGUACAGUCUACAGGGGGUGGUCUCUGAAAUCAGAGACAAGGAGACAAGGCAAAGACUGGAGGUGCUGCCAUACCAGAUCGUCUUUAAGGAACCAACUGUAGAGAAUGUAAGACAAGUAACAGAGUUCUCUAAGAAGACAGGAGACUACCCGAGUCUGUCGGCUGUGGACAUAAAGGUGCUGGCCCUGACAUUACAGCUGGAGAAACAACAUGUGGGCACAGAACACAUCAAGACUGAGCCUGAGAAAAAGCCAACCUACUUUGCUACCCAGAAGCCCCUGGAGAGAGUAACAGACCUGCCAGGCUGGGUUGUCACACCUCGUCAGGAUAAAGAUGCACACCUCAUCUCUGAAGGUCAAGUUGAAGAUGGUGAUUUGGGUCAGGGCACAGAGAAGCAAAACGUUUCACAGGAUGGUGACCAGACUGCUGAUGAUGAUGAUGAGAAAGAAGAUGUGGAGAAAAUUGUGGAAGAACCAUCAAACUCAUCAGAGGGUAAAAAAGAUGAUGUUGAACCAGAUGCGGUUGUUGAAGUGGAGGGACAGCUGAAAAAACUAGAGUUGACAAUAGAAGGAAACACAGUAGAGGAGGUAGACAUAGGAGAGGAGGAGGAGGAGGAGGAGGAAGGAGAGGAUGAUGAUGAUGAAGAUGAUGAUGAUGAUGAUGAAGGAUGGAUCACACCAAGCAACAUCCACAAGUUGAAAAAGAAUGCGACCUUGGGCUCCACGGGACCCAGGGAGGUGAAGGUCGGAUGUAUCACCACAGACUUUGCCAUGCAGAAUGUGCUGAUCCAGAUGGGCCUACACGUGAUCUCUGUGGAGGGGUUCCUCAUCAGGAGAGCCAAGAGUUACGUCCUGCGCUGUCACGCCUGCUUCAAGGUGACCAGUGAGAUGAUGCGAGAGUUCUGCCCCAACUGUGGUAACUGCACCCUGACAAAGCUGACCUGCAGUGUGGACAGUGACGGGGCCAUCAGAUAUCACUUCUCACGCAGGCGCCCACUCAACACCCGCGGUCUGAUUCACCCCCUGCCGGCACCCCAGGGUGGAAAACACGCCCUCAACCCCCGUCUUCACGAGGACCAGCGAGCGCCCCAGCAGCGUGUCGCUCGCAAGGCCAGAGGCAAGACCGACGUCUGGACCGAGGACUACUUCGUGCACUCGUCGCCGUUCGCCACGAGGGAUGUGAUGAGUCGGUCGGCACACCUAGGGAUACGGGAGGGUCCAGGGUACACUAACUACCGCAGCAGGCAGAACCCUAACGAAGUCAAGAGACACAAGAAGAGGAACAGGAAAAAAUAAAAGAAAUGAAACCAGUGUAAAUAUACACGAAAUACAAUCCAAGCAAAAGAGAAUAAGAAUAGAAAUACUGUAUAACAAAUGCAUGCAGAGUUUCUGCCUCAGAUAUUUGUAUAAUAUCAUACAAAAUGAAUAAAACUCAAUGGAAAUAAGA